AUGGGUCGUGGGAAGAUUGAGGUCAAGUUCAUUGAGAACCCCACAAACAGGCAAGUCACCUACUCCAAACGGCGUAAUGGUAUCUUCAAGAAAGCUCAUGAACUCAGUGUUCUUUGCGAUGCUAAGGUCUCCCUCAUCAUGUUCUCCAAAAACAACAAGAUGCACGAGUACAUCAGCCCUGGCCUUACGACUAAGAAAGUUAUUGAUCAGUAUCAGAAGACUUUGGGGGAUACCGAUCUGUGGCGUGCCCAGUAUGAGAAAAUGUUUGAAAACAUUGAGAAAUUGACAGAUAUCAAUAAUAAACUCAGAAGACAGAUCAGGCAUAGGAUAGGUGAAGGUUUGGAUAUGGAUGAUCUGAGCUUCCAACAGCUACGCACUCUUGAAGAUGAUAUGGUUUCUUCCGUUGAGAAAAUACGCGAACGAAAGUUCCAUGUGAUUAAAACUCGGACUGAUACAUGUAGGAAAAAGGUUAGAAGCUUGGAGCAGAUGAACGGAAACCUCAUGCUUGAACUUAAGGAAAACUGUGUGAUCCAUCCACAAUUUAUUUUCCACGAUGGAGAAGAGGAAUCAACAGUCACACUGGCCAAUGGUGCCUCCAACCUUCAUGCAUUCUGUGAUCAGUACCACACUCAUCUGAAUCGACACCAACAUGCAGAAGAGUUUAAAUCUAACGAUUUGCGUCUUGCUUGAGUGGCUAAUUCUUGUUUUCUGUGCUUUUUGUUCUUCCCUAUUCAACCCAAAGUUUGUUCUAGCCUCUUGCGUACAGUGUUGGGCAAGAGUGUGGUCCAAAAACAAACAAGUGAUUCAGACAGUGAUGUAUUCUAUAUUAUUUGUUUGUUAUAAG